CUGGCGUCACUGCUGCGUGGAGAAGCUGCGCAAAGAAACGCAGAUUCUGGGUGUGUGUUGCCAAGCAACGACAGAUUCGAGGGCGAGGAAAAACAUAACCGGACAGGUUCGGAAUGGACUUGACUGUUUUGGACUUUUUCCAAAGUAACCUGAAGCAGUGUGAAUCAGGACCCCCUGCAGCAUGAGCCACGUGUGUGGCAGGUCUUCUACAGAAAAAAAAAAUUUAUCCAACAAGCAGUCAAAAGCAGCAGAUAAAAGGAGUUGCUGUGCCACCAAACUGAAUAGGGACUCAGAAUAUUUUAACCAUAACAAAGACGAGCAGCACAAAAUAAGACGUCUAAAGACCCGAAAGCAGAGAUGUCAGAUGAGGGCCGGCAGGACGGACGCCUUAAAAAACAAGCAGCACCACCGUCACCAUUUUUGCCAAAGCAGGAAAGACUUAACCUAUUUCCCAAACUGUUGGAAUAGUUGUCAUUUGCCCACAAGAAAGAAUACACCAAUUUCAAGUGUUGUUCCAGUUACGCAGGGACCCAGUAUGAUCACAGACAGCCGCCUGAUAGGACACCACGGCCUGUUCAACCAUGAGGUGAAGUCCGUCAAUAUUGAACGCUUGCUUGGUGAGCAGAGCAAACCUGGACAAAGUGAACAGAAAACAAGUGAGGAGAACGAUAACAGUUCACAUUUAUCUUCAACACCAUGCACUUCUGUCCUGCUCUCCGGUGAUGGUUUGCUUGAUGCUGAAGGUGAAGGUGUGCCAGUUAAAAAGAAAGUGAAUGCUACUACAAAGACCCACGAUGACUCCCAGGAGAUGGAAAUGACGAACCUUCAGGCCAGCAAUCAGAGGGACAAUAUCACACCUGACCUUCAGCAACAACUUCACUCUUCUUGUGAAAGUCUUAAAAGCAUCAACAAAUCUAAAAACAGCUUCCAAGCAACCGAGACCGAAAGCAUAGAAAAUCGUAUGUCUGGAACGGACGAAGCUCCACAGCCGAAACCUUUUGCUGAUCGAGGGAAAAUGAAGACUCUAAACAGAGACAUGAUUUCUGAUCAACAGGAACCUUAUAAGAACCAGGAGAGUCCGGCUCUAGCAGAUGAGCCAAUAUCACGUCCAUUUCAACAGUUCACUUCCUUCCCUGAUUCUGAUCAAGAACCUGACCACGUACCAAAGACCAUACAUGCAGUGGCAGCACGUCUGUGUGAGCGCCUGCAUCUCCCUGAUUCAAACGGGAGAAACCUGCUGUCAGAAACCAGGGAGGUGUUGCUGAAAUCCCUGCAGAAGAAACAUGGGCCCUGCCUACAAGCAAACCUCCAGGAUGUACAGCGUUCUCUUAGAUUCCCCGUAGAGCCUGAACAGGCCAUAAUGGAGGAAGAACACGUGAUGGCAGAAGAUGAGCUUCUGUCCACAGAUACAUCUGUGAAAGCCACAGGAAGUGAACAUUUUCGUUGGAAAUCCAGUCCUCAGCCAAACCACAAUCUGCAACAGAUUACUGGGGAGUUGGCAAACCCUGAGGACACCUUUGUCAAGCUUUUGGAUGACCCCUUUAGAUCUAAUUUCUCUCCUCACCACUUCAUGGACUUUGAACCGUCUGGGACCUCGGUGAGUGACUUGUUUGCUCACUCUCCCAUAUUAUCCCAAGGAAAAAAUGUCUCGAGGCCUGAUCUCUGGAAAGACUACAGACUUCAUACUCGAGAGACAGUUUUGCUUGAUUCGUUUCAACGCAACCUUAUGAACCACAGCAGUGACAUGAGAGAGCGGAUCAGUGAGCAGCGGCCACAUCAUAGCAACGUUCAGCCUUUCUUUCCCUACCAAGACGGACAUUUAGCAGAUCCACAUCAUUUUCCCCAGGAACUGAACCCGCGUGAAACGGAUAGGUUUUAUGUUGCCCCCAUCUUCCCGUCCAAAAGUCACUGUCACUCUCAAGGCAAUCACUUGAAGGCUUUUGGUCAGCCUUCACCUGUUCACCCUGACUUCAGGUCCAAUCCCACUGACAUGAUGCACUACCCCCCCUCCUACAUGCUUGAAAGAAGCCUGACACCUCCGUCUUCAUCCUUACCGAGCCCUGAGCGCUGGUCUUUUCCUCCUAUGAGACUGUAUUAAUGUGUAGUUGAGCUCUACAUGGAUAACUGUCCGCUAACAUUUCUUUCUGAGUUUCUAAGACAAAAUGUUAAGGUGUGCUCACUUGAAGCAGUAUUAAAUGAAGGGGGGGGGG